AUGAACUCGCAACGCGUUACGUUACUUGUCCUUUUGGAUUUAAGUGCUGCGUUCGAUACAGUGGAUCAUGAGAUUUUACUGUCACGCUUGUUUUCGAGUUUUGGUAUUCGGGGAAAGGCUCUAGAGUGGUUUUCUUCAUAUUUGUCAGGGCGUAGCCAGCGCAUCGUGUUUGACGGAGUUACAUCAGACAGCUGUGAUGUGCGCUUCGGGGUCCCACAAGGGAGUUGCCUUGGUCCUCUUCUCUUUGUUAUGUACGCUUCAAAGCUUUUUGAGAUUGUUCAAGCACACCUCCCUGAUGCCCAUGGUUUUGCCGAUGAUACGCAAUUAUACCUGUCAUUCAAUCCUAAUAAUCCUGCUCAUCAAACGGAGGCGGUGUCUGCCAUGGAGGGAUGUAUUAGUGACUUGAGGAAAUGGAUGUAUCAGGACAAGCUAAAGUUAAAUGACGAUAAAACUGAAUUUCUUAUCAUCGAUCUAGACAACAGAUUUUGA